AUGGAUGCGGAGAUUACUGAGAAGCUGCGAAAGUUUGAACUUUCUGAUAAAGAAAAAUUGGGUGCUCAGCUAUCAGACACGGAUGUAGAGCCGAGUCUUCAGGAGUGUGAGAGAAGUUUAAUUGGGCUGGUUGUGGGGGAGAAGAAAGUUAACAUCGGGGGUAUAAAGACUACGAUGGGGAUUAUCUGGCGAACGAGUAAACCUUUUUCCAUCAGAAUACUGGGGUUAAAUUUAUUCCAAUUUAUGUUCCAAUCGGAUGAAGAUAAGAUCAAAGUGCUGCGGGGGAAAACAUGGUCAUUUGAUGGGCAGUAUAUGCUGCUAAAUGAAUCACUCUUCAAAGAGGAGGAGAUGAAGGUGGAGCUAUGGGUGCAGGUUCAUAACCUACCUAUCCACUGGAUUUCACAUGAAAUUGGAAUAAAAGUGGGAAAACUAUUUGGCAAAGUGCAAAAUGUCAUAGUCCUGGGAGUGGGAGGCUUAAAUGGGCGUGUUGUGAAGAUUUUAGCCGAAAUUAACCUGUUGGAACCUAUACUCAGAGGGACAAUGCUGAAAUUAGGGGAAGAAGAACACUGGGUCGAUUUCAGGUAUGAGAACCUUCAAACCUUCUGUUUCUAUUGUGGAAUGAUAGGUCACAGUGACAAACAAUGUGAGAUAAAAAAAUUGGAUGUACAAAGGGAUGUGUUUAGGGCAGGACAAUUUGGGGAAUGGUUGAGGGGUAUCUCUGGGGGAUCAAAUGAGCAGAGGGAGAUGAGAGCCUCUAGUCCUGUAAGGAAUAGAGAAAUCUCCAACUCUAAUAUAACUCCCCAGGCUGAGAAGAGGGUUAGUCCUGAGGAAUCUCAACAAGUAAAUAAUGUUGGGUUGAGUCAUGCUGACUAUAUCCCUAAGGAGAGUGAGAUAGGUGAUAGAACUGAACCUGACCAAAGCAUUCAGGGCAUAAAUCACCUGAGCCAGGUUGGAAAUGAGUGUGCUGGCUAUUCUAGCCAACAAAUGGUGACUAGAAUGGACCUUGAUGUUGAGAAUACUCCAGAGAGGUCCAGUGGUAAGCUUGUUAAUGUGCCUGUUGUUUUCCAACAGGAUCACCAUAAAACUGCCCUUAUCAGGCAGACCAAGCUUCUUACUAGAAUUACCAAAAGCACAUCAAAAGGGGGUAAGACUAAACCUGGGGGUAGGGAUGUGAGGGAGGAGAAUAAUCAGGAUAAUGUAGUUGGAUCCAAGAGAAAGGGGGAAGAAU